UGGAGGAGCCACAGGGCUGCACAGGACUUGUUCAAUUUCCCUCUUGUUCUCGUAGGUCCCAGCUUCCUCAGCAGUUCACCCUGCACUGGCUGUGGGGGCUGCCUGGACCCUGCCCUGCCCUGGUCUCCUCUCCUCAGAGCAUCCCUACCUCCUUCCAUGCUUUCUCCCCUACAGCUUGAGCAGAGGACCUAUGGCCUGGGAGGACACAUACCUGCUAUCCCCCAUCCUGCUGGUGCUCCUGGCCUCAGGCUCCUGGACAGAAGAUGCAGAGUUACUUCCAACAGUGGAAGGCCAGACAAUUUUUGUGAAAUGCCAGUACAAUAGCAGCCAGCACCUCAAGGAGAAGAUUUGGUGUCAGAAAACACAAACAGAAAGUUGUAAAGUGUUAGUGUCCAGUCUCAGCACAGACACACAGUGGCCUAAGUUCUUCAUCCAGGAAUAUCCAAAGUCUCACUUCUUCACUGUCACCAUGACUACACUCACGGUGAGAGACUCGGGUCUCUAUUUCUGUGGGAUCUAUGACAACCACAGAGCAAUUGCUGUUCUCAGAAGAUUUUACCUGGUGGUGUCAAAAGGCUGUUGCACAGAGGACACAGAGUUGUUGCAAGCAGUGGAGGGCCAGACCUUUCUUGUGAAUUGCCGGUAUGAUCGCAGCCAACACGCCAACAUGAUGAAGGUGUGGUGUCAGCAAACAUCAACAGAAAGUUGUAAAGUGUUAGCGUCCGGUCUCAGCACAAAAGCUCAGGGGCCAAAAUUCUUCAUCUGGAACCAUCCUGACUCUCACUACUUCACUGUCAUCAUGACUGCAAGCACAGUGAGAGACUCGGGUCUCUAUUACUGUGGGAUCCAUGACAAUCGUGGAACAAUCACUGUUAUAAAAACCAUCCGCCUGGUGGUGACAAGAG